CUAGGAUCUAUGCACAAGGGCGACAUCGGCGACAUACUCGGUUAAACGCUCUUGCCUUGACCCUUCUGUCUACCCUUCCGCAUGUUCUUCUCCUUCGGCAUCGUUGAGAACUCGCCUGCUCCCGCCAGCUGACCACGGGUCAGCCAUCCCCAUGCCUGCCGACAGCCUUCUCGACAUGGCCCGACGGGCCUGCGCCCGCAAUGUCCACCGGAUAACAGACAUUGGUGAUCUCGACUAUGACCUGAUCCGACCGAUACUUUUGAAGAUCGAGAGUCCUGAGAAACUUCACCAACUCGAGCUAUCGUCUCCGCAAAUCAUCGGUCAUGACGCUGAACUCUGGCUCAAUUUCAUCAAGCGAGACAUUCCCGACUGGGACCUAAAGCGGCACGAACCUUCCAACCCGAAGAAUUGGUACAAGGUGUACAGAAAGCUCAAAGCAGAGGCAACCAAGGAUUCUUCGAAUGAUGAGGCCGCGUUGAAAGCUGCGUUGGCGGUUAUUCAGAAAGGAAAGGAGCAGAACACGGCGGAGAUAGCGAGCACUUCACGCAGUGUGGGCUUGUAUUCGAGCAGCAAUGCUCCUGGGCCUUCGCGAAAGGCCAGGAUCCAGUGGAACUAUAUUUCUGGCAAAACCGGCGCGAAGGGCGCCAGUAAGAUGACCCUCAUGCAGAAGAUUCGCAAGGAAGCAAAGGAUGCGAAAGCUGGCAAAAUGAACCGGCCGAUGCACGAGCUACAAAAGAGGCAGACAGGUGUGGUCAAGGCGCCGGCGCAUUUUGUCGAGGAGGUGAAGAAGAUGAAGGUCCUGCAGGCCGCAGAGGCGAAGAAGGCUCUGAGUCCGCCGCCCAAGAGACCCUCGGUGAUCGGUGCAACCGGGAACGUCUCAUCAUCAAGGCCACCGUUGUAUGCUCCUCCUACGCUAGCACCGAAAACAAAACCUCAGCCUGCCGUUGCAAGUGGCGGAAAGCCAUAUGAUCUUACGAGUGAUAGAGAGUCAAGGCUACGGGCCUUGAAGUCGGGGAGAUCGGUGAGCAAGGUGGAUUCGAAAGGAUGUGAGGAUGCAAAUGGCAGCUUGACCCUUGAUUUCCUGGAAGACUCGGAUGAGGGUGACUACGAUCAGGACCAGCCAAAGCGAAUACGGGAACGAGCAGACGACGACGCAGAAACGCCACGGAGGAUGCUGAAGCCCGACAAUGUCCACACCAACGAUCUCCUGCCUCGAUCGAGGAGUCCCAUGAAGCUCUCCCCAGCACCAGGAUCCCGGUCACAGGGGUUGCAACCGCUGAAGAGGAAGCACGAAGCGCCAAAUCUCUUCUACACAAGUCCCAAUAAACGACCCAAGCCUGUCUGACGAGGUUUUCAAGAGAAACUAGAACGAUACCGACGAACAGUAGAGAGUUGAACCUUGCAGAUGCAAAGAACCAAGAAUUCAGAGGAACGGGUGAUGCUUUUCUGAUGCGGAACCACUUGAAAUGGAUAUUCUGAUAUGCGAAAGUUGCGCGGAAGCAUCAAAUAUUGGGAGUUUUUCUGGGCGCAAACGGAAGGCUGGAAGCAUAAAAUUUGAUGGCGAUGCCAGAUGAGGUCGGGAGAUUUUGAGGUUUGGACAUCUGAACGGCUCAAUGGAUGGGAAAUCACCGAGUUCCUGGGCACAAUAGACGAGAUUUUGGCAAGAACAUCUCUCCGGGCAUGAGACCACCAUCUGGAAUAACAUCUGAGUGGAGACGGCUCUUUGUUGGAGGCCCCAAAUCACC